AUGGCGCUUUCCAUUGCAACUGUAUGGACAAGGUGCGUCACCGUUCUCUUUGUAUUCAGCGCGAUGUGGGGAAUUGCUUUGUCCAUUAAUCGCUACUCUAUUCCCGAGGAAAUGCAAGAGGGUUCCGUUGUUGCAAACCUGGCUACAGAUUUGGGACUUGACCUUCGCACUCUGAUAACACGCAAGGCAAAGCUUGAUAUCAUCCACAGAAACAAAUAUCUGGACAUUAACAAAGAAACGGGAGACCUGUUCAUACUUGAAAAGAUAGAUAGGGAAUAUAUAUGCUCGAGCAAGACAACGUCUUGUUUUCUGAAAAUGGAUGUCAUAUUUGAAAAUCCCAUUCGAAUCUUUAACAUUGAGCUUGAAAUUAUGGACAUAAAUGACAAUGCACCGGUCUUUCGAAGGGAGACAAUGCACUUGGAUAUUUCAGAAUCUACCGCUGCAGGAGAGAGAUUCUCUUUGACAAAUGCUGUGGAUGCAGAUGUCGGUGCGAAUUCUAUUAAGACUUACUAUUUAAGCGAAAGCAAGUCUUUUACAAUUGACAUACAGACGGGAAGCGAUGGAUCUAAAUACGUAGAUUUGGUUCUCAACAGUAAUUUAGACAGAGAGGAACAGGCGGUUCAUCAUUUAAUACUAACCGCUGUAGAUGGCGGGGUCCCUGCACGCUCAGGCACAGCCAGCAUCAUCGUUAGGGUUCUGGAUAUCAAUGACAACGCCCCUUUUUUUAACCAGCCGAUAUAUGCUAUUAAUGUAACUGAGAACUCCCCAAUUGGAACUCUAGUAAUGACCUUGAACGCAACAGACUUGGACGAGGGCACUAACGCAGAGAUGAUAUAUUCAUACACGUUAUAUACAUCCGAGAAGACACAAGAAAAGUUCUCUCUAAAUUCGAAUACAGGGGAAAUAAAGGUUAAGGAUGUGAUUGAUUUUGAGGAGAGCCACAGUUUCGAUAUAUAUAUUCAAGCCAGAGACCAAGGAUCUAAUUCGUUAUCCGGAGAUUGUAAAAUAAUGGUAUUUAUUACCGAUCUGAAUGACAACUAUCCCGAGGUUACCAUUAAAUCUUUUAAAAGCACGCUCAAGGAAGAUGUUGCCAUAGGAACAUUAAUAGCAGUGAUCAGUAUAAGCGACAGGGACUCCGGGGACAACGGUGAAGUUGAGCUCACUUUGAACCAACAAACAUCCCUACCCUUUGUUCUUAAUAAGUCUUCGGAGGAUUACUUUGCUCUGCAUGUUUCAGAACCACUGGACCGUGAGACAAUUCCAAGAUAUGAAAUCACUUUCAUAGUCACAGACAAAGGAACACCUCGCUUAUCUGACAAUGAGACAAUCACCUUGGAGAUACUGGAUGUCAACGAUAACUCGCCAAUAUUCCCCCAGUCGUUCUACACAAUCCAUGUUGUAGAGAACAACGUCCCCGGCGCACUGUUGACGUCACUCAGUGCUUUCGACCCGGACCUCCAUGAGAACCAGUAUCUGGUGUAUUUUAUCAUGGAGAAGGAGAUCAUCAACACAUCUAUGUCCAUGCUUUUCUCCAUUAAUCCAGAGAAUGGCAACCUUUACGCUCUAAAGACCUUUGACUUUGAGAGGGAGAGGGAGUUCCUUUUCCACAUAGAGGCCAGAGACUCUGGGGUACCUCCACUGAACAGCAAUGUGACAGUUCACAUCAUCAUUCUGGAUCAGAAUGACAACACCCCGCUCAUAGUGUCACCUUGGCGUGCGCAGGGCUCGGUUAUUGAAGAGGUGAUACCGAGGUCCACUGAGAAAGGAUUCCUAGUUGCCAAAGUAAUCGCCAUUGACGCAGACUCAUUACAGAAUUCACGGGUCACAUAUCAGCUUCUACAGAUCAGUGACUCUAGCCUCUUCAGUCUAGAUCAGUACAAUGGGGAGAUCCGUACCACGAGAAUGUUCAGCUAUAGGGACCCCCGUCAUCAGAGGCUGGUUGUUGUCGCCAAAGACAAUGGAGACCCCGCUCUUUCCGCUACAGUCACCAUCAAGAUAUCAACAGUAGAACACAUGGUGACGCCAUUCUCAGAAACUACUGAGGUGCCUUUGGAAUAUGACUUGUUCACAGACUUAAAUCUGUAUUUAGUCAUUGGUUUGGGCUCAGUAUCCUUUCUGCUAUUGAUCACCAUAUUGGUGGUCAUCGUGCUGAAGUGUCAGAAACCGAAGCCCAUGAAGAUGCCUCCUGCUAUGAAUAUGAAUCUGAACAGUCUAAACAGGAACAGUGUGAUCAGCAGAAACAGUAUCAUCAGCCAGAGGAGCUCUACCAUAGCCGAUUCCACCCUCAUCUCCAGUGAUGCCUACUGGUACAGCCUGUUUCUAGCAGAAACCAGGAAAGGCAAGGUGGUUGUCCGACAGCCUAUAGUACCGAAGGGAGCAGGCUACUUUGUGUCCAGUAUACCCAGAAGCACAGGGCCUACAGAGACCAGCGACUCAAGAGCAUCCACGCUACAGGUCCAAUAA